AUGGUAUGUCACUCUCAAGCUGUGGCGACCCUCUCGCUGCUAUUAUCCCUUAGCGUGGCCCUCCCAGACGACCUUGAGCAGCAGCACGGUGCGCAAGAUGGUACAUCAUAUUCGCCGUCGCCCAUGGCCAAUUCAGCCGUGCGCUCAGUCGCCUUCGAACGCGCUGAUGCCGACCACAACGGAGUCGUUGACCAGCAAGAGUUUGUAGCCUUUACAGGUGCAAUUAAGAACGUCUUGAACCCAUUUGUGGGAUCUCUAUCGGCUGAUAAUGCUGUGCCGGUCGCCGCGUGGAUUCCUAAUGCACGGCCUAAGCUGCGCACAGGUGUGCCUCAGAAAUUCUGGUCUGGCUUUGUGAGUGGUAUUUUGACCAUUUGGGCUACGGAAAUUGGCGAUAAGACCUUCUUCAUUGCCGCAAUUUUAAGUAUGAAACAAGAUCGUAUUGUAGUAUUUGCGGGAGCUAUUGGCGCUCUAAUCGUGAUGACGGUGCUAUCUGUGGCCAUGGGUGUGGUGGCCACCAAGUUUCUGCCUCCAAAUUUGACGCACUACCUAGGAGGCGUAUUGUUUGUUGUCUUUGGAGUUAAGAUGCUGUAUGACGCCAGAGAGAUGAAUUCGGCAGGCCCUUCCGACGAGCUCAACGAGGUGGAAGAAGAGCUGAUGGGCAAGAAAAAUGAGGACGCAGAAAUUGUAGAGGAAGGCCACGCUAAGGAUGAGAGCUUAACAGAUGGCAUGAUCAAGGUCUUUUCACAGGCGUUUCUUAUGACAUUUCUGGCCGAGUGGGGUGAUCGCUCGCAAAUUGCGACGGUGACGUUAUCGGCCACCAAGGAUGCGUUUGGCGUGACGCUUGGCGCAAUCUUUGGCCACUCGAUGUGCACGGGCAUAGCUGUUGUGGGCGGCAAGUUCUUGGCCACGCGCAUCUCAGAGCGAACCGUCACGCUCGUGGGAGGCGUUCUUUUUGUGAUGUUUGCGCUUCACUCAUUCAUUACGGGCCCUAGCGCGAUAGAGUAA